AUGUCCAAAUCUUUCUCCAGCGCCGAGGCUAAUUAUGACACCCACGAUAAGGAGCUCCUGGCCAUAAUAAAGGCAUUAGAGGAAUGGUGGAUUUUCCUAGAGGCAACGGACAGACCAAUCCAGGUUUUCACAGAUCAUAGAAACCUGGAAUAUUGGAUGCAGGCACGGACGUUUAACAGAAGGCACGCGAAAGCAGUCAGGAAAACCAGACGCCCUGUCCAAGAUUUGGACUACACGGACAGCCCUCAGGAACCUGAGAUCAUGCUCCCAGCAGAGGUCUUUGCCAACCAUCAGAAGCAGAACUCAAGAUUGUCACAGAAAUCCGAGUUCCUGACAGAAGACGCAGACAAUGCACCCCCGUCCAUCCGCAAAGCGUAUAGGGAUUACAAUUGGGAGGAAGAUCUACUCUGGUACCAAGGAAAGCUAGUGGUCCCAGACUUGGAAAUCCUGAAAGAACGCUUGCUCAGAGAAUUCCAUGAUUCACCCCUAGCAGGGCAUCCUGGGCAACAAAGAACCCUGGAGCUCCUGAGUUGCAACUACUGGUGGCCAGGGAUGAAGUCAUCUGCCAAGGAAUGGGUGGAAUGUUGUCCUACCUGCCAAGCCAAUCGUCGCGCCCAUGCUCCUGUCAUUGCCCUGAAGCCCUUAGAAGUUCCCCCCUUCCCGUUCCAUACAAUAUCCUACGACUUCAUUACAGGAUUUCCCAAAUCUAGCGGGCACAAUGCAAUCCUGGUGGUAAUUGACUCCUUCUCCAAAUUUGGCCAUUUUCAUCCUGACCACAAAGAAGAUCACAGCCAAGGGCCUAGCAGACCUGUUCACUACUCCGUUUGGAAACUUCAUGGAUUACCAGUCAAGACCAUAUUGGAUCAAGGAACCACAUCACAGGAAAGUUUCUCAAAGCCCUCUACCAACAAUGGCCAAACAGAACAGGUCAACCAAUUCAUUGAGUUCUACCUCAGAUCAUACGUAGCAGCCAAUCACUCAGACUGGGCUACUUGGCUCCCCUUGGCAGAAUAUGCGUACAAUAAUGCCAAACAUGCCGCCACCGGGAAAACGCCUUUUGAACUGGUCUAUGGGAGGAACCCAGUAAUGAACCCGUCAAACGUUCCAGCCAAUGUCCUGGAAGCAGACGCCGUAGCAGAUACCCUAGCCCAGGAAUGGAAGGAAGCGGAAGCAGCCCUGAGAAUGAGCAAAGAACAAUGA